AUGAAAAGGGUAGCUGCAGAGAAAGGAAGUAAUAGGGGGCCAUUUCAACAGAAUCGAGGAAGGAGCUUUGCUCCUAGGGGUCAGACUUUCAAGCGUGGAGGCUUCGUACCACAGCAGACUCAGGAUGCGGGAGUCAUCAUCCGGGAGUCCCGUGCAAGGCGGGAUGGGGCUUGUGCUACUCUUGUGGUAAGGUGGGGGCAUAAAGCCUCAAACUAUCCAGAGAAGCAAAGGCAAGGUGCUGGGAGAGCACAUCAGCCUGGUCGGGUGUUCACUACCUCAACUGUAGGUGCAGAUGGGUCUGAAACACUUAUCCAAGGUAAAUACGAAAUAGCUGGUAAAACUUUGAAUGCUUUAUUUGAUUCUAGAGCUACUCAUUCAUUCAUUGCAUUUAAGAGGGCUAGUGAAUUAGAACUGAAGAUAAUUGUGUUAGAUUAUGAUAUGAAUGUGCAUAAUGCUACUUCGGAAGCCGUUGUGACUAGGUUAGGCUGUCCACAAGUGUCAUUCCGAGUUAAACAGUGA